UUAACUGUAGUUUAUUUUGUUAAUCCCUUAAGAAAAAAUCCUCAAGAACCAAAAAAUAGCCCAUUCCAUUAUCAAUCACAACUCACAUUCGACACAUCCAUUGCUUAAUAAUUUUAGAAUAUUUGAUAGAAUUCAUUCCACAACUCACAUGUAUUUAGCUUAUAUAUAAAUGAUGUACUCUGCGUCAUGGAGUAUGAGCUCAUUUCGCAUCUUAUUACCUUGUUAUAAUACCUAUUUACUUGAACACUAAAUUGAAAUUACGGGUGUCCUUCUACCUCUUAUUUGCUCGAGAUUAUAGCAUUUAGCCCAUCAAUUUUUAAACAGACUUGAAUAUCAGACUUUUGAAAAAAUGCAUGAGAUUGCAAUGGCAGCAAGCUUGAAACUUUAUGUGAACUAGCAUCUUGUCAUUAACAGUAAAAUCAUGCAUCGGUAGGGUUGCGAAAAGCAUGAUGUUCUGCUUCAGGCGAUUGUUACACAAUUCAACUCAUGCUCUUUCUGCCCAAUUAGCUUUGUCAGAGCAGUUGCUGCAUCAUUACAACCUCAAAUUUCCACUUUUGAAUUUGGAAUAUCAUCAGUUUAAAAAUUCUUGUUGCUUGGAAGAUGCCCAUCAGCUUCAUUUGCAGGUCUACAAAAGUGGGUUUACAUAUGAUGUUUUCUGGUGUAAUACUCUUAUUGAUAUUUAUGUCAGAGUUGGCAAAUUGGAUUCCGCCCAGAAGCUGUUUGAUGAAAUGCCUCAAAAGAACCUCGUUUCUUGGGCUUGUUUGAUUUCAGGGUUUGUACAAAAUUGCAUGCCUGAUGAGGCAUGUAUUUUAUUCAAAGGAAUCAUUUCAGCUGGUCUCUCACCAAACCACUAUGCUAUUGGUAGUGCUCUUCGAGCAUGCCAAGAGCAUGGUCCAACUAAGCUUAAACUUGGGAUGGAGAUUCAUGGCUUACUUUCCAAAUCUCCAUAUGCUUCGGACAUGGUGUUGUCUAAUGUGCUCAUGUCCAUGUAUUCACAUUGCUCAGCUUCCACUGAUGAUGCUCGUCAUGUUUUUGAUGAAAUAAAAAUUAAGAAUUCUGCAUCCUGGAAUUCUAUCAUUUCGACUUAUUGUCGUAGAGGAGAUGCAAUUUCUUCUUUUAAGCUAUUUUCAAGCAUGCAAAGGGAUUCACAACUUACCUGCAGGCCUAAUGAAUAUACCUUCUGUAGCUUAGUAACGGUUGCAUGCUCUCUGGUUGACUAUGGACUGACUUUGCUUAAGCAGAUGCUGGCUAGGAUUGAAAAAUCUGGCUUCUUACAAGGUUUGUAUGUUGGUAGUGCAUUGGUCAGUGGGUUUGCGAAGUUUGGUUUGAUAGAACCUGCUAAAACGAUUUUUGAGCAGAUGUGUGAUCGUAAUGCAGUGACUAUGAAUGGGUUAAUUGUUGGAUUGACAAGGCAGCACCAGGGUGAAGAAGUAGUUAAGAUAUUCAAGGAAAUGAAAGAUUUCGUUGAAAUAAAUGCAGACUCUUAUGUGGUUCUUUUAAGUGCUUUUACUGAAUUUUCAAAUUUAAAGGAAGGGAAGAGAAAGGGUCAAGAGAUUCAUGCUUAUCUGAUUCGCAAUGCUUUGAUUAAUGUCUGGAUUUCAAUAGGAAAUGCGCUUGUCAAUAUGUACGCAAAAUGUGAUGCCAUUGAUAAUGCUCGGUCAAUUUUUAAACUCAUGCCCAGUAAAGAUAUUGUCUCAUGGAACUCCAUGAUCUCUGGCCUGGACCACAAUGAGCGGUUUGAGGAAGCAGUUGCCUGUUUCCAUACAAUGAGAAGAAAUGGAAUGGUACCCUCAAAUUUCUCAGUUAUUAGUACUUUGAGUUCAUGUGCAAGUUUGGGUUGGAUCAUGUUAGGACGACAAAUACACUGUGAAGGGAUCAAAUGGGGGCUUGAUUUGGAUGUUUCAGUUUCAAAUGCUCUUCUAACAUUAUACGCUGAAACUGAUUAUAUGGAUGAAUGUCAUAAAGUUUUCUUUCUUAUGCCAGAGUAUGAUCAAGUUUCUUUGAAUUGUUUUAUUGGUGCACUAGCAACUUCAGAGGCAUCAGUUUUACAGGCUAUAAAAUAUUUCCUCCAGAUGAUGCAAGCUGGAUGGAAACUUAACAGAGUGACAUUUAUAAAUAUUUUACCAGCAGUUUCUUCUCUUUCUCUUCUCGAACUAGGUCGUCAAAUUCAUGCUUUAAUCUUAAAAUACUCCAUUGCUCCUGACAAUGCUAUUGAGAAUGCACUUCUAGCUUUCUAUGGAAAGUGUGAGCAGAUGGAGGACUGUGAGAUUAUCUUUUCUAGAAUGUCUGAACGAAGGGAUGAAGUCAGCUGGAAUUCAAUGAUUUCUGGAUAUAUACACAAUGGCAUCCUGCACAAGGCCAUAGAUUUGGUAUGGCUUAUGAUGCAAAGGGGCCAUAGAUUGGAUGGUUUCACACUUGCCACCCUACUUAGUGCCUGUGCUUCAGUUGCAACAUUAGAGCGUGGUAUGGAAGUCCAUGCAUGUUCUAUAAGAGCUGGUCUAGAAUCUGAUGUUGUUGUUGGUAGUGCACUAGUUGACAUGUAUGCAAAAUGCGGAAGGAUAGAUUAUGCUUCAAGAUUCUUCGAUUUGAUGCCUGUGAGGAACAUAUAUUCUUGGAAUUCAAUGAUUUCAGGUUUUGCACGCCACGGACAGGGACGAAAAGCUCGAAAACUUUUUACUCAAAUGAAACAGCAUGGCCAAUCACCAGAUCAUGUCACCUUCGUUGGGGUCCUAUCAGCCUGUAGUCAUGUAGGAUUAGUUGAUGAAGGAUUUAAGCAAUUCAAAUCAAUGAGUGAAGUAUAUGGCUUAGCUCCUCGAAUAGAACACUUCUCUUGUAUGGUAGACCUCCUUGGAAGAGCAGGUGAUGUUAAUAAGAUUGAGGACUUUAUCAAAACAAUGCCAAUGGAUCCUAAUGUACUUAUUUGGAGAACAGUUUUAGGAGCAUGUUGUCGAUCAAAUGGCCGUAAUACAGAGCUAGGACGGAAGGCUGCGAAGAUGCUUAUUGAGUUAGAGCCACAGAACGCUGUGAACUAUGUGCUUCUGUCUAACAUGCAUGCUGCUGGUGGGAAGUGGGAAGAUGUGGCACAGGCUAGGUUGGCAAUGAGGAAUGCAGAAGUGAAGAAGGAAGCAGGGUGUAGUUGGGUGACCAUGAAGGAUGGAGUUCAUGUGUUUGUGGCUGGAGAUCAAACGCACCCGGAGAAAGUAAAAAUCUAUGACAUGCUCAAGGAGAUAAUGAACAAAAUGAGGGAUGCUGGAUAUGUGCCUGAAACCAAUUAUGCACUCUAUGAUCUUGAGCUUGAAAACAAAGAAGAGCUCCUAAGCUAUCAUAGUGAAAAGCUGGCUGUUGCUUUUGUUCUCACUCGCAAAUCCGAGCUCCCAAUUAGGAUAAUGAAGAACCUUCGGGUUUGUGGUGACUGUCACACUGCUUUCAAAUACAUAUCAAAGAUUGUCAAUCGACAGAUAAUUUUACGAGAUUCAAAUAGAUUUCACCAUUUUUAUGGUGGCAAAUGUUCUUGUGGGGAUUAUUGGUGACUGGUGCUGAAUAAUUAUGGAGAGGAGAUUCUUUGGUGUUACAAUCUGGAAUAGUGAUGUUAAUUCGCUUGUAAUGGUGAAGAAAAGAGAGAAAAAUGAGACAUUUUUUUGAACUCAUGACCAUGUCUUAGUUGCGGAAAUUAGUGAUUUACCUUAGUUGUGUUUAGAUAGAAAAUUUAAGAAUUCCAGAAAAUGAGAUUUGGAUAGAUGCAGUAGUCCAGAGUGCAAUUGGAGAGAAAGGAAUAACAGAUUAUAGAUGGGACAUUGUUGCCGCGUGGAGCAGCCCCCAAUAUCCUCUUUAUCAUUAUUUUUUUUCCCUUAUUGCUGAAUUUUCUUGUUUUUCUGAGUUGUGUUCAUUUUGACGUGUGCCCCUGUUCCUUAAAGGGGUAGUACCCUUUUAACCACACUCUGGAGCUUUGCAAAAAACACACUGAAGAGGAACUUAAUAAGUGAAA